AUUGUUGUUUCUUGAUAGCAGGUGAUGGAGAAUCUGCUUUUGAUAAGCAUAUUAUAAAAUCAUGAACUCAGAUUUACUUGUUCCUGGUACAGAAUUAUCAGAAUUGUCAUUCAGCAAUUUUAUUGAUUGGUUUAUCCAUGUAUCCGAUAUCAGAAUCCACCUAAAAAACCAGCCAACUUACAUUAUUUCCCAGUUUGCUUACUUGGUAGGAACUCUUUUUACAAUAACACAUGCACUCUAUCGAGGAGGUCGCCUACCAUACUUAUGGUUUUCUAUUAUGCUUCACGGUCUUAUCGUAGAAAGUAUUUCUUAUGUCCACCCUGACGUGGACAAUUUCUGGCAUUCCCAAACACCUAUUAUGUUCUUAGGCCGAAGAUUACCUCUACAUAUAAUUUUUUUGUAUCCAUGUUUUCUUUAUCAAAGUUCCAUCGGAGUGGCAAAAAUGCGAUUGCCGAAAUGGUCUGAACCCUUUGCAGUUGGUUUACUAGUAGUUUUGAUAGAUAUUCCGUACGACAUUGUUUCCGUGAGAUUCUUGCACUGGACUUGGCAUGACACGGACCCGAAUAUUUUCGAUCGACAUUACUGGGUUCCCUGGAAUUCCUACUAUUUCCAUGCCACUUUUGCUGCCAGUUUUACCUUUUGGUUUCAUUUCUUCAAAGAUAAGCUAUGCACGAGCGAUGGAAAAUGGAUAGCAGAUAAGAGGAAGUCAAGAGAAGUUCUUUGUGCCAUUUUAGCAGGACUGUUAGGCGCACCUGGAGGAAUCCUGAUGUUCAUAGCAAUAUAUCAUCCUUUACAUGACAUCUACCAAAUUCACAGUGAAGUGACAUUUUUCACAAUAUUUGCAAUAUUCCUACUUAUAAUUUGGGUUGGUGAUAGAAAACCAAAAUCAGAUAAAGUUACGAAAGAAUUAUCACAUGAGACCCAUUGGACCACAUGGGUACUUCUUGCCCACUUAAUUUUACAUUUUUUCACCUUUCUUGGAAUCACUAUUUUCUUCAACCCGGAAAAUGAAAUAUCAACGGGCAUCAGAGAAAAGUUAGGACCCUGUGAUGAAUACACUUAUGUACAGAGUGCAUUAGGAAUGUUGCUAAGAAAAAGAAAAUACUUGUGCCCUACAGAUUAUGAUGAGCAGUAUUUUGAUUGGAGUUGCUUACCAGAUAAGAAACACCCAUCACUUGGAUCCUUGUGGUAUACCACCUGUGGUGUUCCAUUCACAAAUAGGCCAGAAUACAUCUUGAUAAUAUCAUUGAUCUGUGGGCUUGCUGCUGUAAUAUUCUAUAACUUACAUUUUCAAUCUGAGGGAGAUUCAGUUUUCAACUACAAGUUUACAAAACAUAAUGUCACAGUAUUGAGGAAGAAGAAAAAAUGAAUAAAGAAUCUAUUA